CGCAAACUCCGCACGGAUUCUAUCGAUCGGAACGAGCUGCAUGCGCACAGGAGGGGGCAGUUCUUCUGAAAAUUUACCAUUUUCCCAUUAUUCAGCUCAAAACAGCUUCGGCUUACUAUAAAUAUAAAUGACUGGAACAGACGAAGUCACUCAAUUUGACUCAAGCCCUCGUAGGCGAUGUUGCCCGCGAAGAAGCGGCUCAUGAGUUGAAAAACGAUGAACGCUGCCCGGGUGAGCCAGCGUUUUUUCCGCUUGUAUCUAUACGGACCGCCUUACGCUCUUCCCGAUUCGACGCCGCUUUCGCGAUCAAGCAGGAACUUGUGACUGCUGUUCUCCCGGUGUCCUCCCGCUGAGGUCCACCCAGAACGAUGAAGCAUACAAUCGAUAGGGUCGUCGCAUCCCGGGGGGUGACCAACGGUGAAAAGAUAAUGGUGAACGUGAUUGGGACGAACCGUUCGGGAUUCUUCACUGGUUUCCCGCUCCCCUCCCAACUAAAGGCGAGACGUGGGCUGCUGCUUUAUGACUCGCGUGUCCUGCUAUUCUUGGUUGCGCUCUAUGUGACGGUCUUUACGGCGUUCGUUUCUUUCGAGUGUUCUACAUGUCGGAUCUGCACAGCCCUGGCUCACUCCUUCAUCGGUGUUGAGAUGGAUCCUGACUGGAGUGGUUCGCACAGUUGGACUGACAUACGAGAGGACACCACAGUCGAAGGAGACGGCGGCGCUACAGGGGCAGACGGCAGUGCUGCAGAAGUAAACUACGAGGCUCUCGGCGAGCUUUUGAUUGCGUAUGACGCCCUCGAAACAUUGCGAAAUCGGGCCAAAGCGGCGGGAGUCCUUGCACGUGUUUCAAGAGUCCAACGCGCCGGACGGACUUGUCCAAUAGCGGCCUCAGGAAUCCUUGCAGGUGUUCUCCUUUCUGUUCUUGUCGGCGCCCUCUUUCUCAAGAAGGGCCAAACUCCGGUUCAAGAAACUACACCAACUCCAAUUGCAGCGGCACCAGAGAAAACCGAGGAUGCUAUCGAUGGAGAGGAAGCAAUCAACCAGCUCGCUACCGAACAUGCUAAUCCACUGAUACGGAAGCUCGUGGUUGCUGAACUAGCAGCGAUUGCCGGUGCUGUUGCGCUUUACCUGAUGACAAUGCCUGAGCCUCUUUUACAGCCUUCCCAGCAACCACAGGAGCUUCAAGAAGAUGGAGCGAUGGAUGUACGUUUUUGCCACUUCAAUAGACGGCAACAAUCAAGCUUGCCUGCAGGGGCAAGAAGUAUUUCUCCAGAGAGCAUGCUGUAGAGCAGGUCAAGAACACGUAGACAUCCUAUAAGCCAGAACCGUGGAUCCGGUACUGAUAAACACUGAUGUGUGUAAACGGUGCUUCGAAAACUAUUCGGUCGAUUAACUUUCAGCAGGUAAGCGACAGGAACACAGUACCACGAUGUUCUGCUAGUGGAUUGCUGCUUUCUCAUUUGUGUGACUGUCCUAAACUGGCGAAGAAUUAGUGUAUGAACUUUGAGCUGAAUAAACGAAUGCUAAUUCAAAAACUGCAGUAACCACGAGAUGUAACACCUGCCACUGUGUCG